AUGCGUCCCUCCACCCUCCUCACCACCCUCUUCGCCCUCACAGCCUCCACCACCGCCUUCCAAGAUGUCGCCUCCUCCGACCUAGCCCAACUCACCGCUUCCGCCGCCGCCAUGGCCUCGCAUCUCGAAAACGCCAACCCAACCUCCGCCCUCAAAUCCGUCAACGCCAUGGCCAGCCAGGCUUUCGCCAGCCUGAGCGCCCUCGCAGCCACGGCGACAGGAGAAUUCGGCAGCAGCCUCCGAGCGGAACAGUCAGCGCUGAAGUCGCAGCUCAGCGAUGCGAGACAGAGUGCUUCUGGAGCGUUGGCCACGGCGGGGACAGCGGCACAGACGACAUUGCCCGGAGCGCAGACGACCGCAAUUGCGAGCGGUGCUCUGAACAGUGCUCUGAGCAGUGCUGCGGUCAGUGGGAGUGCCAGUGGGGAUCUUGCGGCCGCGACUGCGUUGCCGAUGGCCGCGGGCGCGCUGGCUGCGUUCGGAGCUGUUGUCGCGGUGUUGUAG